UUUUAAUUUUUUUAACAGUAAAACCGUACUUUUUAAAUUGAAUAGAGUUUGGUUCAGGAUGCCUGUGGUACCAAGUACCACAGUCGCUUGUUCGACAGACGCUCAGAAAGCCGUCCGCAGUCUAACGUGAAGGUUGGUUGAACCUUCGACCUACUGUAGUAAACAGAGGUUGGGUCUUCUCAAGAUGGAGCCAGCAGGAGGGAUUGCUGAGAGUGGGAGUACUAGUAGUGCCAGUAACGAAGAAGAAAAAGAACCAUUAUGUGAACCAUACUACACAUUACCAAAACAGCGCUUCACAACAACUCUACAGUUCCUGGUAUUUUUGGACGUUGCGUCUUCAAUUGCAUUAUGGCUAAGUAGAAGUAACACCAAAGAGAUGGAGGAGAGUGUCACCAAGUUUGGUAUAAAGACAAGUGUUUUUGAUCUAGCUGCGAUAUCCUUUGUUCGAUGUGGGGUUAUAUUCUUUACUUGCCCCUUCCUGGAAAAGUUUACAUUGAGACUAAUAGAUGAUCCGUAUGAGCCAGUGAUCCAAGCAAGUAAAAGACUGUCUCAUUUUAUUCUUAUGGUGUUUAGCUUCUUGCCGCUGGCAUACAGUGUAGCAAAAGGUGUUUUUGUAUUCAAAGAUAAGUCUGCAAAAAGCCUGUAUGAUGUGAACCAAGUAGCAUUUGCACUUGUCAUCAGCUCCAUUUGUUUUUGUUUUAUUGAGACGUGUGCUGCAAUUAUGAGCUAUAAAGCCAUGAGGCAGCUUGCAGUGCUGAGAAUCUUGCAUGAUCCCAAAGACAAGAAAGAGGCAAAGCCAAAGAAGAAAGUCAAUUUGCGACGGUUGAGCACACUUGCUUAUCCUGAGCUUGGUAUUUUAUUCAUUGCAACUCUUGCUCUUAUGGUAUCAGCAGGAUCACAGAUAGCAGCUCCUUAUUUCUUCGGUCAAGUUAUCUCAUCUGCUAUACAGCCAGGAAUGAAUGCCCUUAAUAGAACCAUCUUGACCUUACUUGGCCUCUAUGUGGGUGGAUCCAUUGCCGCCAUGAUCAGGGCGUGGCUAUUCACUCUUGCUGGACAAAGGCUUGUUGCUAGAAUACGAAGAGAGCUUUUCAAUGCCAUUAUCAAGCAGGAAGUGGCAUUCUUUGACACCAACAGGACUGGAGAGCUUAUCAAUAGACUGUCAUCCGAUACUCAAGUGAUCCAGAAUGCAGUCACGGUGAAUGUCUCUAUGUUAUUGCGAUACAUUGUGCAAAUCAUUGGUUCCUUGGUGUUCAUGUUUACUCUGAGUGCUAAGCUGACUGGCGUCCUCAUUUCUGUCAUUCCAAUUGUUGGUGUUGGGGCUCAGAAAUAUGGUCAAUUUGUGCAGGGUCUACGUAAGAAAUUCCAGGAUGAACUUGGAAAUGCAUCCACAGUGGCAGAGGAGUCGAUUGGAAGCAUCCGAACUGUGAGGUCCUUCUCACAAGAGAAGAAGACCAUGAAGCUGUAUGCAGAAGCUAUCCAUGAGAGUUACUUGGUGGGAGCCAGACUCGCAAUCGCUUCAGGUGCAUUUAGUGGUGUGGUAAUGGCUGUCGGUCAGGCCGCUAUAGUGCUGGUGCUGUGGUAUGGAGGCAAGCUUGUCAAUGAAGGGGAAAUGAAUGUUGGUAUACUAACAGCAUUUGCGUUGUACACUGUGAAUGUGGCCAUGGCUUUUGCUUUCCUCUCCUCCCUCUAUGGUGACUUCAUGCAGGCGGUGGGAGCAUCGUUCCGGAUGUUUGAGUUGAUGGAUCGUGUGCCCAAGAUCAAGAUGGAGGGCGGAGUCAUUUUGCCUUCGUUUAAAGAGCCCAUCGUUUUUGAUGAUGUUCGUUUCUCCUACCCCUCCCGAGAGGACACUGAGGUACUUAAGGCUCUGUCAUUCAAGAUCAACCCUGGGGAAACCGUGGCUCUCGUGGGCCCAUCAGGGGGUGGCAAGUCUACAGUGAUCAGUCUCAUUGAAAGAUUCUACGACCCCAUGACUGGAAACAUCAGGAUCGGGGACACGGAUAUCUCGCUACUUGACCUAGCAUGGUAUAGGAAGAAGAUAGCGCUUGUUAGCCAGGAGCCCGUCUUGUUUGCUACGACGAUAGCAAGUAAUAUCGCGUACGGCCGGGAUGCUUCUCAAGAAGAGAUCGAGGAAGCUGCAAGACAAGCGAAUGCCCAUGACUUCAUUACGACAUUUGAAGACGGAUACAAGACGCAAGUGGGCGAGCGCGGAGUAAAGCUGUCUGGCGGCCAGAAGCAGCGAGUGGCCAUUGCGCGUGCGCUACUGAUGGAUCCAGAAAUUCUCCUACUGGAUGAGGCGACGAGUGCGUUGGACGCUGAGAGUGAGCACUUUGUAAAGGAAGCGAUUGACCGUGCCAUGGUCAACCGGACGGUACUGGUUAUCGCCCAUCGCCUCUCCACCGUGCGCAGCGCAAACCUGGUCCUAGUGAUGGACAAGGGAAAGAUAGUCGAGCGUGGAAAUCACGACUCGCUUCUUGCCAAAGGUGGUGUCUAUCGCAAGCUUGUACUUCGACAACUGAGCGCCUCGAAGAAUGAGCGAGAGUCCGUGAUCUCUGGGCUGGGGGACAUUGAGAAUGAUCUACUACCAGCCCAUGAAGCCAUAGAUGAGGAAAUCGGAUCUGAGGCCUCUGAAUAGAUAUGGAACGUGUGUGUAAACAAAAGAAAGACCUGGGGUCGUGUAAAAAGAAGAGGUGGACGGGGCGGGUAAACAAUGUGCAUAAAAUCAGUGACGAGGUAUAUGACGGAGGCUUCUGAAUGGAUAUAGGGCGUGUGAAAAAGUGUAAGACGUAGGGUCAACAAGGGAAGGAUAUCGAGUGCCUAAAUAGACAUGAGGCGUGUAAACUGGGAUAGACAUGGGCGUGUAAACAAGAAAUAGAUAUGGGACGUGUAAACAAAAAAUAGAUAUGGGACGUGUAAACAAGAAAUAGACAUGGGCGUGUAAACAAGAAAUAGAUAUGGGACGUGUAAACAAGGAAUUGAUAUUGGACGUGUAAACAAGGAAUUGAUAUGGGACGUGUAAACAAGGGAAUGGUAGCAGAAUCGCAACCAGUAUGAGACGAAUCAGGGAAAUUGGUUAUCGCGGUGAAAUAUUUUUAGAUACAUUUCAAACAACAGGGUGGACGGGGUCAUCUCCUCAUGUCUGUCCAAGGGGGAGGGGGGAUUCAAUAAAUUGUCUGGAUGUCUUAAUGUAAAACCAUCAGGGCCGUAGCAGGGGGUGGGGCACUGGGGGCACGUGCCCCCAGUAAAAACUUUCUAAACUUCCCAGAUUAUUUCAAAUAAUUAAACAAGGACCCGCAGUAUAUAAGGGGCGGCCCUGGUUCAAGCCGUCAUUCCCGCUAGACCCCGUUAAGUGCUUAGCACCGUAAAUAUCGAAAAAGCAGAAGUUGUAAAUAAUGGUUUGUACACCCAAGGCAAUAGCGGCAAGCUUCUUAAGAUUGGUUCUCUACGGCAACAACAACAAACAUUGGGUUUGGAAGCAAAAUUCAAAAACAGCGCGCGCUCGUUUGGAAUGACGAUAUGCUUUAUCGCGCGCGUGAAAAUAACGAUACCUAAAAAGUUUUUCGUUUUUUUUUUUUUUUUUGUAUUUGCAAUUUGAUGUUUAAGACAUUAUUUUGAACUUGAUCAUAUCUCUUUUCUUUUUAUGGAGCUUUGCACCCUACAAAGUCUAUCGAGAAUGACGACUUGGACCAGGCGCGCGCCUAUUAUACCGCACGGACAAACGUGGGCGUUAGUGGUUGCGAUAAUCGAUAAUCAGAAAUAUUUCGUAUGCUGCUGUAAAACAUAAGCGAAAUUGGAAGGGAAGAGUGCUUUACCUAAUUUAUUGUUCACCAAAGCUAUGUAUAGUUAGUUGAUCGCAAUCAAGUCUAUAUCCAGACUUUUUUGGCCAAUACUAUGUUACGGUAUUUUUUAAUAUAUGUUAUUGUAAAGCUUGUCUUUUAGUAUUGUAGUUUUUAUAUAUCAAAA